CAGCAUGGAGCUGUUGUGUUCUUAUACCACCCUUGCGCUGAUCCUGAGGAUGUUCUACUCUUCAAAUCUGUGGCUAAGAGUUGCCUGUGGAAACACAUCAUCUCCCCUUAUAAAAAAAUGCCUCCGGAUAUGAACUUUGCCCUGUUAACCUGGAAAAAUAAGUUGCUGUUGAGCGAUCCGGAUGUGGACCUGAUGGUUCAAUUUGUAAAGGUGUCAAUAUUGGGGUUAUAAAAUAUUCUUUUAAGGAAGUCUUUCAUUACGAAAAAUUUGAAUUAUGUUGAGCAUUGCUCUUCAUUAAAUUAUAUAAAAUAAUCAGAAAACUCGGUUUUGGAUUUUCAUUGACUAAUUUUGAAGUUAAGAAAUUAAUUUUCCCCUUAUUAUUGCAAGUCCUUUAUCUAGUUUUUUGGCAAGUUAAAUUAUAUGAAUUUUUGUUUAUGGAGAACUUCAAGGGAAUUUAGCAAGUUUUAUUCAGCAAUAGUAUUGUAGAUUUAUACAAAUGCUCAUUUUGAUUUCACAUUAAUGAUUUCCUCUAGGAACAUGCACUGAAGGCACCUGAAGGAAGUGCAUUUCUAGAUGGCACAUACAACACUGGGCUAAUCCAUCAUGCUGAGAUUGUAACAGAUCAAAAAGAUUCACAGCUGUGUCCCAGGGUCAGUUUUUGUUUUUAUUCUCAUAGACUGAUCUCCUUGUUUAUAACCCUUUUGAGGUGGAGCCUUUUUGGACUGUCAUUGCCAAGAAGAUGAUUUGCAUAAUUUAUGCAUGCAGUUAUUUUUACAAUUAGAAUAAAAACAUCUUACUUGCAGAAUGUUGUUAAAUCUCAUGAUUGUUGAAGCCUAAAUAAGUCCUAACCCAUAUUUGAAUGACAUUCAGUGAGAAAAACUGCACAAAAUAUUCCCCUGGGGCUACCUAUGCCUUUUGAGUUACCGGUAUUACAAAGUCACAUAUUUUUAAAGCAUUUGUAAGUCUCACUAGGUACAAUAAAAAUUGAAAUAAAUUGACAGAACACUGUAAAAUAUCAAUGGAAGCUGCCAUUAAAAAGGUGAGAUGAGCAAGAACUGCGAGAAGCAAUCUGACUUGCUGGUAUGAAGACCAGCCAGCCAAUCUUGAGGCCUUUAUUUUUUGGGCCGAUAUACAGGCCUUUCGUCUUUUUUGCCACAACACUCUGAGCCAACAGGUCGGCCCAGCCAUCCCAAGAGGGUUGAGAUUUCCAUGUUAACUCUGCCUGUCCUUUUUCAUCUGUGAUGGCAUGGUUUGGUUGAAUUGAAAAAUUGAAUUGAAAAUCAUAUCACAAUUUGUUAUUUAUUAUGUGUAACUUAAAUUGCUAGAAGACCACAAAACACAAAUAGAAAGGCAAGAUUUGAAAAUGAUAUUUUUUGUUUAAAAAGAAUUGAUGACGGUUAUGGAAAUCCUCUACUGUAAAGAAAAUGACUGUAAAAUUCACUUUGCAAAUUAGUAACCCCCCCCCCCCCCCCCCCCCCAAAAAACCCAAAAAAAAUUUUAAAAAUAAAGCAAGAUUUGAAAAUGAAUUUUUUUUUUUAAAAAGAAUUGAUGACGGUUAUGGAAAUCCUCUACUGUAAAAAAAAUGACUGUAAAAUUCACUUUGCAAAUUAGUAACCCCCCCCCCCCCCACCCACCCAAAACAGCCAAUAAAUUUGUUAAAAAAUGUAUGAUCACUGCAAUCAUUGCAAAUGAUUAAUUGUAACUUAAAUAUUUUUUGUUUAAUUCUGAAAUUUUUAAUCUUUCAAACUUCAAGGUUGUAUUUCCUUGAAACAUUAACUGCUGUGCAGACAUUAUUCUAUCUCAAUAUCAAACAUAACAUUUUCAGUGUGAUUGUUAAUAUUACUGCCAUUGUUAUUAGUAUUGCCAUUUAACAUAGUUUGUCACUUCCUGAUUCAGAAACUUUUGAUGGAAGAAACUGCCAAAGAAAUUCUGACGAGAUCCCGCAAUCGCCUGUUGAAAGCUGAGAUGUCUCAGGCCAGGCUGAAAAAGGUUAUGGAGAUUUUCAUGAAUGGACCUUAAAUGUCCUAUCAACAUCUGAAAUCCUCUGUUAGUGCUAAAGAGGGAAAAACAGAUUUUUAUUAAUCCAAUCAGGACUAAUGGAUAGAUGACAUACCAAGUGAUCCAGAUUCUCUAUUUAUUUAUAUUUUUUUAUUAAUGUUAUUAAGGUGAAAAAUACCUGACCUUGUGACUUACAUAAAUAUAUUUAUUUGUAUAUUUUCAUAAUUUUUAUCAUUUUUCGCUUUCACAAAUUUAAUGCAAUCUAUUUUUGAAAUAUUAUCUCUGAAUGAGAUAAACUCCUGGAGUUAUAUCUACUGAAACCCAUACCACCAUGACAAUCAUUUGAUUACAUCUGUGAUGUCACUUGUACUCUCAUAAGCAAUAUUUUAAAAAAAUUACUUGUUAGACAAUGGUUCACAAACUUAUUUUAAUCUUAUCUUAGGCAUAAUUUGAAAUGUAAUAAAAAUUAGCAGCUUAACUCUUUCGCUGCGAAAUUUUUUUAUCGAAAAAAUGUACAUUAUUUUUCGAAGAGUAAAAAAGAGUGAGAGGUUGGGUUUAUUUAAAAAUAUUUAAAAUAUUAUUCUUUGGUUUAUAAGACUAAAUAUUAUUCUUUGGUUUAUAAGACUAAACUUUGUAUCAAAUGAAAGAUAAUUGAAAAGACUAUAUGUUUGUGAACUUAUUUCUUCAGUUUAAAUAAAAUAAGUUACAGAAAAUUACCAUAAAAUGUGAAAACAUUAUAUGCUAAACCAUUUUUCCCCCAAACCCUGUGAUGUACCUCAUCUGCACUUCUAUAACCCAAAUCCUCUAAAACUACUACUAUUGAAAUCAUGCGAUGGACCUAAAUAAAAAUCAUCUUCACUAUCAAAAAAAUAGUACAAAACAAUGCCAAAGCUUUUUUGAGCUGUUAAUAGUCUAGGAAACUUACUCACCUAAUGGGGCCUAGGGUAGCCAUAGCAACAGUAGAAAAAAAUAGCGAAGAAAAUCAUUAAAAUAAUGCUUCAAAUGGCAACAAAUAAAACUUGGUUUCGCUUAUAAACAAUGAAGUACCACUCUUCUAUGUAAAAGUCUUAUUUAAAAAUAGCUCUUAAAAAGUUUAACUGAGAAAUAGCAAAGAAACAAAAAUGAUAUUGAAACAACACCGAGUGCCAGAAUGAUCAAUUCAUUGAUCGUGGGCCCUUAAAAUAAAGAAGAAGAAGAAGAAGUACGUUGGUCAGUUCUUUUGAGAACGGCAGAUGAACGCACUCUGCGUUGCUCCGCAGCGAAAGAGUUUAGGUCGAGUUUCUACUUUUAAAUAUUUUAUUCACAUGCUUAAAUCUUUACACAAGAGAGAGGAUUAUACUUACUGCAUUUUUCAAUUUCAUUUUUUUGCUCAGAUAUGCUUUGAAAAUGAAGUUACGAUGUUGUGCUGACAAUAUUGUUAAGCAUCACAAUUUUGUUUGUAAGUAUAAAAAAAAAAUUAAUACAAACUACGCUGGAAGUCCAUCACUUUAAAAAUCUUGCUGUGGCUUUUAAGUAUUGAAUUUUUUAUUAUAAAAAUUUGGAACUUUCAAAUUUAUAUGACAAAAGUUAGAAAAUGGCAGGCAUCUGACCCGAACUAUUUUGUAGUUUAAAAAAAUAUAAAAGACAUAUCAUAUCCUGCAUAUUAUGACCACAUCAGUCCGAGCGAAAUCAUUCGUUCUUUGGUAAUUUAUUAUAUCAAAUGUAACAUAACUUUACGAGUCAAAUAAGUAUUGUCCCUUUAAGUUUUUUGUUGCUUUUUUUUUCUUUUUUAAAUGUUAUUUUGUUUAUCUUGUCAUUAAUAAUGGUAAUUAUUUUAGCCCCUCAACUAAUUUUGUCUUUAAAACCUCUUUUCAUGUAUGUUUGUAAAAAUUAUUUGCUAACUUAGAGCUUUAAAUGGUAUUAUCGCAGGUUACAUAACUAUAUAAUUUAUGACAUUGAUUUACACAAGUAAUAUACAAAGUUAAUUUAAU